UUUUAUCUUCUGCUUUAUAAAUUUAAAAUUUUAAGGGAAAAAAAAACACGUUAUUUGCUGGUGUUAUAUAAUCUCUUCGCCCAUCAUCGACUGCUCCAUUCUUCGCAAAGCGUUUCACACACACACACACAGAGAGAUUCUCACACACAUAUAUAUAUUAUAGCUGUACGUAUAGGCGGCCGCCGGAGGGGAGCGGAGGGAGCAAUUAUUUAAGCGAGGUUUUAGGUUUUUUCGACGGGAGAAGAGGUUUCCUUUUCUUCGCCAGCUACGUAGCUCAGAAGUGAUUUAGAAUGAGGAGAAGAGCGGUGAAGAGCGCCGAGACGGAGGCGGACGGCGAGAGGAAGGAGGCGGUGAAAUCGGAGAGGAGGCUGCUGAAGUACGAGGAGCUGCCGGAGUAUUUGAAGGACAACGAAUUUAUAACGGAUCAUUACAGAUGCGAGUGGCCUUUGAAAGAUGUCGUUCGCAGCGUCUUCACCUUGCACAACGAGACGCUCAAUAUUUGGACGCAUUUGAUCGGAUUCGUGAUAUUUUUGGGGUUGACGGUUAUCAGCUUGACGGACAAGACGACGUUCGAAAACGUGUUGGCCGCUUUUUUCGGAGAGGGAAGCGACGGAUGGCUAUUGAAGUCGACGAUGAUGGUGAAUCAAUCCAACGGCUCUAACGCUUUCUUUUCGGAUUCAUAUCUGAGACACAUCGCAGAAUCACCAAUCUUGGGCAUGAACAGAUACUCGGAGUCAGUCCCGGUUUGGCCGUGGCUGGUAUUCCUGGGCGGAGCAAUGACCUGCUUGAUCUUCAGCACCGUGUCCCACCUCUUCGCCUGCCACUCGCGGCGGUUCUACUUCUUCUUCUGGCGCCUCGACUACGUCGGCAUCUCCCUCAUGAUCGUCUGCUCCUUCUUCGCCCCCAUCUACUACGCCUUCUCCGACCAGCCCCUCUGGCGCCUCCUCUACCUCUCCUCCAUCACGCUCGUCGGCAUUCUCGUCGUCGUCACCCUGCUCGCCCCUUCUCUCUCCAGCGGCCGCUUCAGGUCCUUCAGGGCGGCUCUCUUCCUCUGCAUGGGAUUCUCCGGCGUCAUCCCGGCCACCCACGCCGUCGCCCUCCACUGCGACCACCCCUUGAUACUCGGAUCCCUGUGCUACGAGAUCGUGAUGGGGCUCUUAUACGGCGUCGGGGCGGUGUUUUAUGUCACUAGGAUCCCGGAGAGAUGGCGGCCCGGUGCAUUUGACAUUGUGGGCCAUAGCCAUCAGAUCUUCCACGUGCUCGUCGUCGCCGCCGCAUUGGCGCACAGCGCCGCCACGCUCAUUAUCAUGGAGUGGCGGCGAGGUUUGACCGCCACCAGUUGAUGUUUGGUUUGGUGAUGAUUGAUUAUUAUUUAUUCGAUGAUUUGCAUGAGUUCCUCUGGUUUUGUUUCUGUCGGUGAUGAUCGAUGGAGCAGCACACACAUAUAUAUAGAGAGGUAUUUCAUAUUUGUAUCUGCUUGUAUUUCUUGAAGUUGUGAAAGAGAAUGAAGCACGUAUAUUAAGGAAA